AUGGACAAUAAGAACUGGACCAGUGUUUCCCAUUUUGUUCUCUUGGGCAUUUCUACCCACCCAGAAGAACAGAUCCCCCUCUUCCUUCUUUUUCUAUUCAUGUACACAAUCAACAUUUCUGCCAAUUUUGCCCUCAUCACAUUGAUUAUCUCUGCUCCUCGCCUCCAUACCCCCAUGUACAUCUUCCUCAGUAACUUGGCUUUGGUAGAUAUCUGCUUCACCUCUACCACAGUCCCAAAGAUGCUGCAGAAUAUUUUCUCCCUUACAAAGGCCAUUUCCUACAUGGGCUGCUUAGCCCAGACUUAUUUCUUUAUUUGCUUUGCAGCCAUGGAAAACUUCUUCUUGGCUGUGAUGGCCUAUGAUAGGUAUAUCGCCAUCUGCCACCCUCUCCACUAUGCCACAAUCCUGACCAAAGCACUGUGUGUACAGAUGGUGGCUGUGUGCCAUGUCCUCUCCUACCUUCAUGCCCUGCUGCACACCUUCCGCAUGGGCAGCCUAUUCUUCUGUGCAGAGAACAGGAUUUCUCACUUCUUCUGUGACCUCUACCCUCUGAUGAAGAUCUCCUGCACCAGCACCCACCUCAACACCUUGAUGAUUCAUACAGAAGGUGUGAUUGUCAUCAAUGGGGCUCUGGCCUUCAUCAUUGUCUCUUAUGCCUGCAUCAUCUCAGCAGUCCUCUCAAUCACCUCAUCCAAAGGCAAGUGGAAGCCUUUUCCACCUGUCUCCCACCUUACUGUGGUGGCUAUAUUCUGUGGCACCCUCACAUGGGUGUACUUCCGGCCUCUUUCCAGCUAUUCAGUGACCACAGGUCGCAUUGUAACAGUUGUGUACACAUUGGUGACUCCCAUGUUAAACCCCUUCAUCUACAGCCUGAGGAAUGGAGACGUUAAGGGGGCCUUUAGCAAAUAUAUGAGAAGAAUAUAG